AUGAGCGGAUCAGCUGUCGAUAGAGCCCUAGAAUUAGGCACAAAAUAUUUUAAAAUUCAGGACUAUAAAAGUGCCAAAAACGUUUUUUCAAAAACAGUUAAAUUGAUCCAAAGUUGCAGUGAAAAUGAUACAAUUAAGUUACGUGAAUCUUUAGGGUUAACCUCUCACACUUUUACGUGUGUUAAUAAUGAGGCUAAAAAAAGUGUAGUUCAUCCUAAGUAUAUUAAACUAUUAGAUAACCUCUCAGCAACUUUGGAAAAGAUGAAUGAAUUGCAAAAAGCAGUUAAAGUUGCUGAUAAGAUGAUAGAGAAGGAAUCAUAUAAUUUAAAGGGGUAUAUACGACGUGGUAUCUUAUUGCAGAAACUCGGGAAGGAGAGCGAUGCAUAUAAGAAUUAUAAAAUGGCACUAAGGAUGGCAAAUUAUGGACAUGAUUCCCUGAAGAUUGAAUAUUCACCGAAAUUUCUUGAAUUUCUACAGAAUAAGAAAAGAACUAUAAAAGAUAAUAUGACGAAGUUGAAAGAUGAAAAAGCUAAUUUAGAACGGAAACGUAUCAUUAUUGAUCCGAUCCAAGAACAGAGACAGAUUAAGAAAAACAAGAUUAACCAGGUCAAUGAGGUAGAAGAGAAACAAGGCAUAGACUUUAUUAGCAAUUUACCUUUGGAAUUAUUGCCAUCUAUAUUGUUUGGUUUUACACCUAAUGAACUUUUUAAACUGAUGACUGUAUCUAGAUGUUGGCGUAAGAGAAUUCAGUUCUGGUCGAUAUUAUUUAAUAUAUUCAACCUCAGAAGGGUGACAUACAAAGAGCUCUCCCAAUUUAUUAAUUUUAUCCGGAAAAUAUCCUCAUCUAGGCAUAUCAGUAAUAUAGACUUAGACAAUACGGAUAAUCAUUAUGGGAAUAAACAUUUUAUUAAGUCUCUUACAUUAUCGUCAAGAUUACCAUCUGAAGAGAAAAAAAUGCUUAAGACAUUCUUCAUGCAGUUACAAAAUUACAGUACCAAUAAACUCAUAAUAUCAACGGUCCAAGCUUCUAUUUAUGACCUGGCAAAAUAUAUAAUACCAGGUGAUACUUUUUGUCAUGGUGUGAAGGAUCUUUCAAUGAUCACGAUGCUUCGGGUUGACAAACCUGGUGAAAUAGAAUUUUUAUCAAACUUCCAGAAUUUGAAUAAUUUAGAACUAAUUUUUAAUAGUUCGUUGGUUCCAGUUACAUCCAGUUUCAAUGCAAAUAUAAAUUUGGCAAAUUCAGACAUUUCUAAUUUGAACUCAUCAUGGUGUGCUAAUCUGAGGAGUCUACGAAUAAUAUGUGACCAAAAUAGAGUUAAGUCGUUUCCAAUGGUAUCUUUUUUGCAAGUAAAUUCACCGUUGGACUGGCAUUCUCUGGAUAAAUUAUGUAUAUCUGGUGUAACGUUCGAUGAUACAGUUACCAAUUUUCGAUGGUUGUUGCAAUUUCAAAAUGUGAAAGAUUUAUGGAUAGAAAAUAAUAAAAAUGCGAGAUUUGCGUCAUUUAUGAAACUUUUAAAGGAAAACCAUGUUUUCAAGAACUUAAAAUCCUUAACUUUUAGGGAAGAUAUAAAUAACGGAAGAUAUGAUGUAGAUAUGAUUGAAUCAUCCAACAUGUAUCGAGAAAACUUCCAAAAUCUAAGGAUAUUAGAUUUGAUGAACACAUGUAUCUCCGGGUCUGGCCUUUUUAAUCUUACGAGUUUUAUUGAUACAGAUAUGUUAGAAAAGCUAAAUAUCGGUUUCUGUUCAUAUAUUGGAUUUACGAGACGUAGCCACAUAAAUGACAUGAAUAAUAUCUCCACUGAAAUGCGUUUUUUUGAGCAUAUGAAAAAUUUGAAGGAAUUGGAUAUUCAACAGAUGGGGUCAUUGACUGAUAACAGUAUAUCAGCACUGAUAGAACAGAUUUGGUAUCUGAAGAAUUUAACUAAAUUGGACUUAUCAUUCAACCAAUCGAUUGGAGGAUCCUCUGUAUAUGAUCUCGUACGUGCCAUAAUCAAAAAUAAUGGUAAUAAACCAUUAUAUAGUCUAGUGCUAAACGGAUGUCCCUCAGUGUCGCAUGUGACAGUCAAUAUGAUGCGUACUAAAAAGUUGGUCACAAAUAUGGAAUGUGUUUAUGAAAGGGAAACAUGGGAACGAUUUGGAGUUAAUUCAUUUAAAUAUCGUAUUUAA